AUGAUGGAAUCAACAGCAAGAUGGUUUUUUGGGAGUGGCAGAGCAGGAGAUACUUCGGUUUACAGCCUUGCGCACGACCUCUUUUGCGGUCGACUUCUUCCAUCCGACGUACCUCCGCUCGAUGUUAUUUGGGAUGGCGACUCCUUUUUCUCCCUGGGCAACCGUCGGCUGGCAGCCUUCAAGAUAUUCCAAGCUCUGAGCGCGCAUGAAGUCGUGAAGGUGCCUUGCCAAAUUUGGCACAAGGAGAACAAGGACAAGCGUCAACACUACAAGGGUGCAAGGACCACUACCAAAGAAUUGAGCUUUGGUAUUGGCAUCAAGCCUCAUGGAGAACUCGAGGAAGCCUGGCAUUUGGGUGAGCCACUUUUUCGCAGAGCACAGGAGUGGUGUGUCCCAAUGACCAGUAUUCAAGGUCCAGACCUUGAAGAUGGUGCUGCAAAGAUGCCAUCAAGACUGGAGGAAGCAGCAAAGCCCAAGAAGAGCGAAAAGGUCACCAAAGCAAAAGCUCCUCCCACAUGCCCGCUCAGCUACGAGACCAAAGAUGCGAGGAUGGAGACCGAGAACAUGCCCCAGGACCAAGAAGAGAUCAUCGAUGCUGCCAUUGCAAACUGUGAACAAUGCCACGGGCUGCCUGUAGGACGGGCCACAAUUGACCAAGUGGCAAGCUCGCCAGCGAAGGUCAGUGUUUGCGUAGGGCCAUCUAUUGAAGACAGCAAAAAGGGGCAAAGUCCCAGUCCUAGCCAUUCAGAGAGCCAUCUCACGAAAGCUCAUUUCAACAAAAACGACAUGGCAGAUUGGUUCAUCAAGGACACCUCUUUGCCGCAAGCAGACAUUGACUCUUCCGCUUUGACCUGUCACAGAAUGCCGCCAGGCCUGAUCGAACCUAGCCAAGCUAGCCACACUUUGGAGACUGUCCCUGUCACCAACAUGGAGGAGAAGAGACCUGACGAUGGUCAGUGCACGGUGGUUAGUGCAGGCGUUGAGGCAGCUUUAACAACUACGAAAAAGAAAAAGAGGGGAGCGAAGGCAAAGAAAGGGGUCAAGGUGAAGCUCCAGGAGUGUGCCCCGAUGACCCCUAUUGCAGGUCCAGAUCUUGAAGAUGGAGGGCUGAAGACGGCAACAAGACUGGAGGAGUUGCAGUCGGACGGCAACGAAAGAGAGGAAGAAUCAAAGCCUACGAAGAAGGUCGAAGAGAUGUUCACAGUGAAAGCUCCUCCGACACAUCCCUUCUAUGAGACCAAAAGUGCUGCGGAGAACGUGCUUGAGGGGCCGAAGACUGAGAACGUGCUUGAGGCCAGGGACAGCUUCCCAACGCAAGCACCAGCUUCUAGUGUGGAAAGUGCAGAAUCAGAGGCGUCUCAGGCAUCUCCAGCUCCUCGUCCUCUAAACGAGACAACCUUUAUCGACGGGAGUGACGAAGAGGAUUCCUUUCGAAGCGAUGCGGAGAGUGACUAUGCAGACAUCGACGCAGACGAAGCUGACGAAGCUGCAGUCACGUCAGAAUAUGCCAGGCUUCAAGAAGUGGAAGCUGAAAUGAAGAAGCAGUCUGACAUUCAGAGUGUCAGUGAUCUGAAGGGCCGUUUGGUAGCGGGAACCUUCCGCGUUCUGUCCGGCUCAGAUUUCAAAGGGCGAAGAUCGAAGGCGCAGAUCGUCAUUGACCAAGGUCCAACGAAAAUGCUCGGUUGCCGAGUGCACAUCAUCGGGUCCAUGAACCGGAAGCGUGCCUGGGAUCACGAUCGCUGCUGGGUGAGGAUCUUGGCUGCCAGAGUGGCAACUGAAGAUCCGCCGAAGAGACGUCAGCAGAACCAGGAUAUGAACAGACCGUGGGAAGCAGCAACUGCUCAAGUCACAACACUCUUUGGCCAUGUUGUGCUUUCCAAAGAGCAGUUCAGCCCGCGCCAAACAAGGGUGGUCUGUGCACGAUCACGGAUCGUUCGCAGUACCAAGAGUUUGCUCUUCCGGCCGAUUAAUGGCAAGUUUCCUAUGAUACAUGUGCCGUGGAAUCCACAGCGAGAGCUGCCAGAUCUUGACGAUCUCCAUGUCAUCGGAUUGAGAUCUUGGGCUGAAGCUUCCACGGCACCGACUGGAAUGUAUGAGGAGGUGCUCAACAUGAAGGCUCGUGAUACUGACGAGUCAGUCCUAUAUUCAAUCAAGAGAUCCUUGAACUACUCAGACUGGGAGGAUCAUUCCGCCAUUAGCUCGAUCCCAGUCAACCCCUUCAAGGAGAUCUCUGAGACAUGCAAAGGACGACGAAAGGACCUGCGGGAGGAGUUUACUGUUUGCAUUGAGCAUCCCGCCUGGCCCGGAAACAUGGCCAUUUCCGUUGGCCAAGAUCAAGUUAAGGUCCAUGUCAUUGAUGUCACAGAGUACUUGUCUGAAGAGAUGUCUGGUCGAGAUCUCGAGCAGCAGGCACGGACUCGGAGCUGCGGUGUGUGGCUCUUGGAUUGCCAGGACCAACCGGUGAACUGCAACUUGCCACUGUUGCAGCCAGAGUUCGUCUCAAAGAUCGACUUUGCGGAGGGUGAAGAGCGGUUGGCUCUAACCUUUGUUUUUACCAUCAACUCGGAUGGUAUUCAACUUCCAAAGAAAAAAAAGGGCAUUGACAGCCACUUUGAGUCCGUGGUUCGUUGUGACAGACGAAUGGCGUACUCAGAUGCAGAGGAGCUGAUAGAGGGAAUGUCGACGCCUUCUGACGAUGCGGGUGUGAUGCUGAAACAGCUUGGUGCCUUGAUGGCGAAGUUUGAAACAACUGCCUUUGAAAAAGGCCAGUCCUUUCCCUUUGAGCAUUGGGAACCAGACAUCGGCCUUGAUGUGCCCGUGCCGGGAUUCCUGAAGUCCCGCAGAAUUGUAGAUGGCCUCUCCUUCUUGGUGAACUUUUAUGCAGCUCAAAUUCUUGAUCGCCAUUCCUUGUGGCGUGAGUUUUUGUCUGUUCCAGCAGAGACCGAUCUACCAGAGUUGAUGCCAGCCUUCGUUUAUGGCGUUGCUGAUACUCAACACCAUAGAGCUUUGGAGCGACUGCUGCAGCACCAUCCAGACGACUGUCGCCUGACUGGUACCACUACGACAGAAGUCGUUGAUGCCAUGAGAGGCAUCCUAGGUCAGCCGCACUUGUCUUCGGAGCAGAGGUUUGCCUUGCAAAAGGCCUUUUUGCGGCAGAUUCGGAUGGGCUUACCACGCGGUUUCUAUCACCUUGGCCAUGGCAAGUCGCCGUGGAACAAUGGAAGUGCCGAUGGGCAGCUUUUUCACCGGCCAAAAAUAUUUCAUGUCUCAGCACCGAUGAAUCGCUAUGUGGACAUGCUAGGGCAACGACUGUUGAAAUGGUUCAAAGGCUGGAGACCUGGACUUUGCUCUUGGCUUCGGCCUACUCUGGAACAGAUGCGGGAGACUGUGGACCGGACCAACGCACGCCUGGAUUCUCAUCGCUUUGCUAGCUUUGUGAUGCGGCAAAUUUCCCACAUGCGUGAGCUGGCACCUUCAUCAAAGAAAGUCAAGCGAGCGGUUGUGGGCUAUGUAGGGCCCUCCAUGUUUGAGGUGCUCCUCCCAACCGCAUCGGGAUCACACUUUAGCAUGACGGUUCCAACCAGUGCCAUACGAAGUACAACAUGUCAAGUGGAAUUUGACGUGGAGCAGCAGAGUCUCAGGAUCCUGAAUGCGGACCCUUGGCGUGACUCCUCAACAAAGCGCUGGAUGGUGCGCUCCUGGAGUACGGAGGUUAGCUGCACCAUCUCCAGGAAUUUUGCUCAACCGAUCAAGCACCAUGCUUCGGCAAACGCGAUGAUCAUCUCAGAUAUCUCCUUCAGUACACCUUCAGGACCUGUUUCUUUGAACAUUGGGCACCGGAUGUAUCCUGAAGUCUUCUCGGACUUUCCUGACCUCAAGCAGGUCUACCUCAUGGAACAAGACCUCAGGGUCUAUGCAGACACCUGGUAUCGCAUUUGGCGCUGCCGCACCCAUGCAGCGGCAUCGGAAGCUUCUGCCUACACUCAGUGGAGACGACCAGUCCGACUUCAAUUUGAUCACGAGAAAGGACGUUUUACCUGCAAUAUACUUCUUCAACAGUCCGAGUCCGAAAACACUCGACCUGAAGCAGGAGAUCUGGUGAUUCUGCGUGCCACGGAGGACGGUCGGGAGGCCUUUCUCUAUGGGGAGCUCGACAAAUGCAAGCCUGCGCAGACGCAGUACAAGACCAAGAUGUGCCGGAACCCAAAUUGUCGGCGGCAGAACUGUGACUUCCUGCACCCGGGAGAGGAACAUGAAGGAGACUUGUACAUGUGGGAGGUAGAGCUCUCACAAGUAAGCCGCGUUGCACUACAGGAGCAAAGGAGGCUUUUGGAGAGCCUCAAUGCCAGCCGCGGUGGUGCAGCUUUCCAAAUCCAGCUUGUGGGAGUUCCUGUUGUAGAUCGCCAGAACUUGAACUUGGUGAAGCAGCUGCCAGCAAAGCUUGAUACUCGACAGGGACGAGAGUCUCCAGUGGCAGCACAUCUGACUAGCUUGCAAACACCGACCCAAAGCCUUGAACAAAGAGAUAUGCGACCGCUGGCCAGCAUACAGCAAGUUGAAGAAGCGGUGGGAGGUGGUGGGCCAUACAGCGUCACUGCCUCACCACUCAACAAGCUUCAACUGGAUGCUGUGAAGCAAGGCCUCCAGCGCAGGUUUUCCGUGGUGCAAGGGCCGCCCGGUACAGGCAAAACCACAUUCUUGGUUCACUUGGUGACUGCGCUCACCAACCUGGAGCUUGAUCCGACCUUGCGCAGGACUGGAGGGCAACCCUCCAGAACGGCGGCUGAAGAGACAUUUGGCCGUAUCCUCGUGACCACGCCUUCAAACCAAGCAGCUGACGAAUGCCUUCGGAGGCUCACGAAGGAGAGCAACAUUCCUCCUCAGUUCAUCACUCGGGUCUAUGCCCGGACCAUUGAGUACCAAUACGGCAGCAAGUUGCGUUGUGGCGGGGGUGCUUAUGAUUCCAACUUGCUUCGAACGCAGCACAAGGUGAAGGAUUCCUUGAAGGAGCACUCCCUCCACCACAAGGUCAUGCAAGCCAAGGAAGUUCGGAGACUAGCGGAGAGGUUGGAACACGAGCGUGGUGCACAAUCACAAUGGAACUACGAUCAGGGCUAUGAAGCGACAGAGCAAAAGGUUCUGAAGGAGAGCAAAAUCGUGAUUACAACUUGCACUUCUGCUUUGUCUCACGGUGCACUCAAAGAGCCGAAAGAAGACCAGCACACAAAGGACGCCACAAAGACAGUCACUGCUGCACGUCGCCCAGGCCCAUCGCGAGCCAUCCGAUUCCGCUCAGUGGUGGUGGAUGAAUGUGCACAGGCGACAGAGCCCGAGGUGGUGCUUUCAGUGAUGCGUGCUGAAGAGCGAGCUAUUCUUGUUGGAGACCACAAACAGCUUGGGCCUGUGGUGACUGAGCACAACCUUUGCAGGGCAUAUUUGUCCAUGUUGGAAAGGCCUAUCCUUGAGCGACUGGCUGAAAGGAAGGACAAGACAAAAUUGUGUAGUGUCAUGUUUCAGAAGCAGUAUCGAAUGCACGAUGCCAUUUGUGCCUUUCCUUCCCAGCAUUUCUAUGGCAAUUUGCUCCAGAACGUGCAGAAUCUGCAGCACCUCCCGGCCCCGGCAACAGUCUGGCCACAGCCAGACCAACCGGUGGUAUGGAUCGACUGUGACACUCCCCACCAGAUGGGUACUGUGAUUCAAGUGGGCAAUGCCAGAAGCCUAAACAGCGUUCCGCUGGAAAACAACACCUCCUUGCAAAAUCCUGGAGAAGCAGAUCUCAUUGUAGAAGCCUACAAGAGGUUGAUGAAAGACGGCACCUGCCAAGCUGGAGAUGUGGCGAUCAUCACGCCCUACAAAGCCCAGCAACAGUACAUUGAGCGGAAAUUGAAAGAACUCCCAGGCGGCCUAGGGAAAAGGGCCAACGAGACCUCCGUGGGAACAGUCUUCAGCAUGCAAGGCUCUGAGCGACACUUCAUUCUCCUUAGCUUCGUCCGGAGCAUUGCAGAAGGUUGGGCCCUCAAGAAUCUUGCUAUGCAGGGCUCAGACAAGGAGAUCCGUGUGGCCGUCACCUCACACAACCCGGCUCUUCGACAGACCUUUGAGUCGCACAUUGGAAUCGCAGCAAAGGAGUGGCUUUGGGCGGCCGUGGCACAAUUUUUGGGCUUGGUGGACGGCGCGGACUUCUUGCAGCCCGCUGCGGAGUGCCCAGAGUGUGCGAUGCUAUGGGGCUUUAGGAGUCUCUAUGGCUUGCAGGAGCCAGGGACGAGUCCAUGGGACUUGUCGCAACUAGCACGGCAGCAUCAACUACUAGAGGGCGUCGCUGCAUAUGCAGUGGCGUCGGAUCGGGGUAGCUCUUUAGGGCGCUUGGCCUGGGGAGAGGAGCGGCUGAAUGGUGUCAUUUCGGGACAACACCGUGGACGGCUUCUGCCACCGGAGCGGCUGAACUGCCUUGAAUCCCUGGAGGUGGCCAUGGUGGUGGUGAGCAAUGCGGCACAGGAGCACAGCUCUGUUCCACAGCCGGUUGACUUGGACUACUUUGUACAGGCACGCCAUGAGGAGCGUCAAAGCUACGCUCUGGCGUCACAGCUGGCCAGCGACGGCCAUGCUGAGGGCAUUGCUGCCAAAGCAGAGAUGCUCUACUACGGCAAAAGUGCAGUGGUUCCCGGUGGAUCCACUGGAAGGGGCUGGAUCGUCUUUCCUCUCCUGGUCCUAGCUGCAUGGGUUCUGCCUAAGCUCUUGGGUGGGAGAGAGGUGGGUGCAGGCUCACCACCAACCCGGCUUCGGAUUGGUGGUUGCUUGCGAGCAAUGCUGCUUCUUGCCGCUUUUGGGUUUUGGUGGUCUUGGCGGAGUGCCCGACCUGGAGAUUUAGCAGCAGACACAGCGCAGGCACAGGAGCUUUUUCAAGAAGCUGCGGAUGCCGGACAUUGGGGUGCUGCCUAUGCCUACGCUUUGCUGAAAUUGGAAGAGAAUGAGAGUGAGGCUGAGCCCUAUCUUACACAAGUGGUCGAGCAGGGUGAAGCUCCCGCGUGCUUCCUGGCGGAGUUCUUGAUGUAUCGUCAUCACCUCCGCCCAUCUGAUCCUGUAAAGGAGAAGCAGCUGCUUAAAAAGGCCGCUGACUUGGGAGAUCCCAUGGCUGCGAAUCUGCUUGCUGAGCGGCUCUCCCGUGAGGAUGCGGCACCCGACGCGCUUGGAUAUUUUCGACAGGCGGCGCUGGCUGGACAGCUUCCUGCUCGAUACAACAUUGGAGUGCUGCUCAUUCAAUCACUGAAUGGAAGCGAACCCAGCGAGGAGCGCUGCUUGGAGGCUCGCCAAGAGUUUCUGGAAGUGGCACGCGACAUGGAUCCCACUGUGCGACUACUUUUUGCCUUGGCAAUGAGGAGUUGGGAAAUGGGCAACUCCACUGCCGCGCUAACCAUUUUUUCACUCCUUUCUGAAGCCGGUGUGACCAAGGCUCACCGCAACGCUGCACGCCUUUGGGAACAACGUAUUGGCACUUUUGAGCCUUUGGAUUCUCCACCACCGGUGCAAGAGCUUGCCGGAGAUGACACGGAGACUUGUGCUGAUGAGGGUGAUGGUGUGGAGCUAGUGGCAACAGGACGCUAUUGCUGUGGCUCUGGCGAUUGCAACUCCUUUAGAUUCAAUGAGCCGGGCUUUCUGCCAUCAGAAUGUUUGCUGCGUUGCAGUGCAGACCCCGAAUGUGUCUAUGCUACCACUUAUGCCACUGGUUAUUGCCAGCUAUCCGUCGAUUGCGGCACCACAGCAGAAGCGAGCGAUACCUCUGCUCAAGUCUUCAUGCUCAAACGACAGCGCUGCAGGCCUUCUCCACCCGUUUUGGCAGAGUGCUCUCCGCAGGCCCGCCCAGCCCAUGGAACGCGCACAGCGCGCCGCUGUGCAGCGCAUUUUUGGGCGCGCGCAGCAGAGCACCCUUUGCAGAUUAAGGCAAACAUGGAGCUUCCUCAGGGCAGUGCGCUCUUGGAAGCAAGCUCGCAGGCAGCAAUGGCUGCGGCUGCGGCAGGACGACAUUUCGAAUGGCUAGGAGAGCUGGAUGCCGCAGUGGCCUGGAACUGUGCAGCCGGCAGAAUGAAGAACCACGCAGGAAAGCUACGCUGUGCUGCUUUGCAGGCGGCAGUGUAUUGCGAAUGGUCACUCUUCACCUGA